GGUGCUGCAGGCGACGUCCAAAGAUGGCCGUCCGGACCUGCUGGCCACCAUCCACCAGCACCACUCGAUGGCCGGCCAGAGCACCCUGCAGAAGAAGCAGGGAGUCUCGGGAGAGAGCGCCACCUGCCGCACCCUGGUGCUGGAUGUGGACGUAUCGCACCACCCCAAGGACUUCAGGUCGAAGCAGUUGAUCAAGGAUGCCAUCAUGGAGAACGACUUCCUGAAGAACCUGGACUCGUCGCAGGUGCGAGAGGUGGUCGACUGCAUGUACCCGCAGGUUUUCGACGCUGGCACGCUGGUCAUCCGGGAAGGCGACGUCGGCUCGCACCUCUACGUGUCCGCCGAGGGCGAGCUGGAGGUUGAAAAAGACGACCAGGUGUUGGGCCGCAUGGGACCAGGCAAGGCGUUCGGAGAGUUGGCCAUACUCUACAACUGCACCCGCACGGCAAGCGUCAAAGCGGUGACGAAAGCCAAGGUGUGGGUGCUGGACCGACGCGUCUUCCAGGCGAUCAUGAUGAAAACUGGACUUCAGAGGCAGGAGGAGAACAUCCAGUUCCUCAGAAGCGUCCCUCUGCUGCAGACACUUUCCAAUGAGAUCCUGGCCAAGAUGUCGGACGUGAAGGUCACGCAGCGGAUCGAAGGUACGAACCAGGAGGAGCAGAUCCGUGUCCUUGGCCGAGGAGACUACUUCGGCGAGCAAGCGCUGCUGAGAGAAGACAAGCGGACUGCAAACGUUGUCUCCCUGGAGCCGGGUGUCGAAUGUCUGGCUCUGGACCGAGAAUCCUUCAUCCAACUGAUCGGAGAUCUCCGAGAGCUGCAAGACAAACACUACGACGACAGACUCCAGCUAAGACCGCCACAGAGGAUCACAAGCAAAGCUCUGGAAGUGGACUCCGAGGUGAAGCCUAUUCAGCUGGACGAUCUCGAAGUGCUGGCCACACUUGGCGUCGGAGGCUUUGGCCGCGUUGAACUGGUGCAGUAUGUACAGGACCGCAGCCGGACGUUCGCGCUCAAGUGCCUGACCAAGAAGCACAUUGUGGAAACGCAGCAGCAGGAGCACGUGCUGAGCGAGAAGGCGCUCAUGAUGAGUUGCCGCCAUCCGUUCAUCUGCCGCAUGUUCAAGACGUUUCGAGAUGAGAAGUACGUCUACAUGCUCAUGGAGGCAUGCCUCGGCGGGGAGGUCUGGUCGCUCCUCAGAGACAGGGGAGCAUUUGACGAGAGCAGCACAAGAUUUUACACGGGCUGCGUGCUGGAAGCUCUGCAGUAUCUGCACGACAAAAACAUCGUGUACCGAGACCUCAAGCCAGAAAACAUGGUCUUGGACUCAACAGGAUACGCAAAACUGGUGGACUUUGGCUUCUCGAAGCGCGUCCCAGCUGGCCAGAAAACGUGGACCUUCUGUGGCACACCCGAGUACGUGGCCCCAGAGGUCGUACUCAACAAGGGUCACGACCGCGCGGUGGACUUCUGGUCUGUGGGCGUGCUCAUGUUCGAGCUUCUCGCGGGCGCGCCGCCGUUUGCCGCCGACGACCCGAUGAAGACGUACAACAUUAUCCUGCGCGGGAUCGACAUGCUCGACUUUCCUCGCACCAUGUCGCGCAACGCCGUGUCGCUCAUCAAGCGGCUCUGCCGCGAGAACCCGUCCGAACGGCUCGGCUACCAGAAGGGCGGCAUCAUGGACAUCAAGAAACACAAGUGGUUCCAGGGCUUUGACUGGGACGGUUUACAAGCGCGGACACUCCAGCCGCCCUUUGAACCCCAGAUCCGAGGACCCGCAGACAGCUCAAAUUUUGAUGUUUACCCCCGAAACUUUGAAAUCCCACCAGAUGAAACCUCCGGAUGGGACGAGGACUUCUAAUGAAAGGCAUUUCCUCCACACCUCGUCUGAGUGCCCCAAAAAGCCCAGUGCAGACAGAAGUGUUUCUUCAGACGUGCCAAGCAAUGCAUCACCCAGAAUCUUUGCGCCGUUGAACAAGCGUUAGCACUCAACCACACGACUGUCAGCAAGAGAAGCAACCUUACCUAGUCGAUGAACUCCUGCACUUGCAGUACUAGGUGUCGUUUCAUUUUUUUUAUAAUUAGGUAUUAUUUCAGAGUACAACAAAGUUGUGCCUACAGUGCGUGCACACGUUUAUGGGAGGCGCAUCUAGUUGUAUUGGAUAACAAAGACGACUUGACGCCAUUUGCAUGGGAUUAAC